CCGAUAAACAAUAAGAAGAAGAAAUCCGAAACAGGACGUUGCGUCUAAUCUGAAUCUGCAGCUUGCUGAGCAUGAAUAAACCUGUUUAGUUUACUUCACCACCUGAAAAGCAGACAGUCUGUUUUUCUUACACAUCUGCUGAGAUCACAGACGUCUGGACCUGAAGUGGGUCCAUCAAGCUUGCUGAAGUUUGCCCCUUCAUCCGCUCAUCAUGGUAGAGUACUACCAGGUGUUAGGAGUCCGGAGAGACGCGUCUGCAGAUGACAUAAAGAAAGCGUACAGAAAGCUGGCCCUGAGGUGGCACCCUGAUAAAAACCCAGAGAACAAGGAGGAGGCUGAGAAGAAGUUCAAGGAGCUGUCAGAGGCUUAUGAAGUCCUGUCUGAUGUCAACAAGAGGAGCAUAUAUGAUCGCUAUGGCAAACAGGGACUGACAGGGAACAAUGCAGGAAGAGGGGGCCACUUUCACAAUGGAGAUCACUUCCACGAACAGUUCACAUUCCGCAACCCAGAUGAUGUCUUCAGGGAAUUCUUUGGUGGCAGAGACCCAUUUGCAGACUUUUUUGGUGCAGAUCCGUUUAGUGAUGAUCCAUUUUUGGGCAGUGGCCGGCGGCACCAAAGUCGGUCCAAUCGCAACCGGACAGGUGGCUCAUUCUACGGGGGCUUUGUUGGUUUUCCUCCCUUUGGCGCAGGCUUCUCACCCUUUGACCCCGGCUUUGGUUCUUUUGGUUCCAUGAGCACCAUGGGUCACAUGGGUCACAUGGGUCACAUGACAACCAUGGGCAGUCUAGGAGGUGGAGGCUUCACCUCUUUCUCUUCCACCUCUUUCGGGGGAGGAGGUGGAGGAGGGGGCAUGGGCAACUUCCGCUCUGUGUCCACUUCCACCAAAAUCGUCAACGGCAGAAAGAUCACUACUAAAAGAAUUGUGGAGAAUGGUCAGGAGCGGGUGGAGGUGGAGGAAGACGGGCAGCUGCGGUCACUAACCAUUAACGGUAAGGAGCAGCUGCUGCGACUGGAACACAAGUGAAGAUGGAAGCAUCCUCCGCUGGAGAAGUGUUACCUCAGCACAAACAUACCAACCAACAUGAGCUUGACGCAGAAGGAAAAAAAGCAACAAAACAAUGUAAUAAUAGUGCUCUACUGUUGUUUGGAUGUACAUACUUAGGUUGUGUUUAUUCCCCCUCACGUCAUCUCCCUGCCGACUCUCAUUUGUUAACCGCCCAUUCAAAUCCAAGGAUUUGGAUGCAGACUUUUCUAUGCAUUUUGUUAAUGUAUUUCUGAUUUGGAGCUGUCCUUGUAUUUUGGCUCAGGGUGGUUUUUUUGUUUUAGUGUUUGGGACCAAAGUUUUUGUCUUUUGUAUAUGCCCAGGACCCCCCCCCCCCCCCCAGUACUUUCUGUAUGCACUCCAUUGUGUGUCAGUCUGUGUGCAGACAACACACUGUUCAGGAAACAAAGCAUGACUUUGCUUUUUGAUCUGAAAAGAAAAAGUGCUGAAUUUGAUUUUUAAAAAAAGUGUGUAGGAGUAACUGAAGCAUCUUCUUCCUCUCUGUUUACUGCUUGUCUAACCUUUUCUUUGUCGUCAUAAUUAUUUUUUAUUAAAAAAUACAAUGCUGGUAGGAUGAGUUAUGCAAUUUUAUAUGUUCUAAUACCAAUGUGUUUUCUGUUUAUUUAAUAAUGCAUGUACACCUGUUGAUGUUGAGUCUUAAUGUUAAAGCUGCAUUAUGAUGCACAAUAUUGGAAGGCAUUCUAUAAAUGAUAUAUGGAUAUAGAAGGGAUUUUGUGUACUUUGUAAACCAGUAAAUCUGAGUUUCAUCCUGUUUUCAGGAUGCUGGAA